AUGGGGACAACGAGUCUUUGCUACCUUGGCCAAGUCCGCCUGGCCAAGCUCCGCCUCGAGAUCUCGGACGCUACCAAGGGUCUCGGGUUUCUUGAGAGCAGCGUGCCCUCAGUCUCGGACGACACCGUUCGCCUCGCUGCCGAGUUCCUCAAGUCAUCUCUCUCCAGCGUCUCUCAGGAAGCCUUCCGUUCCGUCUAUGAGUUAUGGUGUGCUUUCAACUGUGCAACCCUUGGGCCUACGACCUUCUACGACCCCUGGGUGAGAUCAAAUACGCUGCAAACGUUUGGCAACCUAACUGCAGACAUACUCAAGAUCAAUUUCGACCAAAGCCUCGAGGCCGACAAGAAGGCCUGGUGGGACCGCGUCAAAGACAACCCUCGUACUGACGAGACAGUCUCCAUUUCUCUGUCGACCAAGUAUCACUCCACAAUGGAAUACGGCUUCAACAAGAAAUGGUUCGACAUACGCCUCAAGGGUAUCCAAGUUUAUUUGUGCGGUGCGCGUGUCUACAUGGACAAGCUGCCCCCAGAGGCACGGGGAUCCGCAGAUGCUAGCAAGACGAUCAAGCUGAUCCUCGAAAGCCGGGGCAACUAUCGAUACGUGGACGAGAAGGGGCAACCGCAUGAAUUCUACCUGCCAGGCUCCACCUUUGACUUCAACUACAAGAUUCUCAUGGCGUCAGAAGUGGGCUUCCCCCGCCGGUCGCAAAAUCUGGUAUCCGGCGCAGGAGACCAAGGAGCUGGUGGAAAGUGCUGCCGUGGUGCUUGA